GAGGGAGAGCCUCGUCCUGAGAGUGAGGAGCCUAGUCCUGAGAGUGUCGAACCUUGUCUUGACAAGGUUCCCCAAUCUGAGGACAAGGAUCCUCACUCUGAAGACAAGGUUACUCACUCUGAUUACAAGGUUUCUCACUCGGAGGACAAGGUUCGUCACUCCGAGGACAAGGUUCCUCAUUCUGAGGACAAGGUUCCUCACUCUGAGGACAAGGUUCCUCACUCUGAAGGCAGGUUCCUAACUCUGAGGACAAGGUUUCUCUUUCUGAGGACAAGGUUUCUUACUCUGAGGACAAGGUUCCUCACUCUGAGGACAUGGUUCCUCACUCUGAGGACAAGGUUCGACACUCUCAGGACAAGGUUCCCCACUCCGAGGACAAGGUUCCCCACUGUGACGACGAUGGCUUCUCUCUCUCUGAGGAAAAGGUCCUCACUCCGUGGACAAGGUUCCUCACUCUGA